AUAACAAGGGCAGAGAACUAUUGCUAAAUUUUCACACGUUGGACCGGUCUUGACAGCUGAAUUGACUGGACUGAAAAUGGUGUUAGAUAUUGAAUUAUUCCGCGCAGAGAAGGGUGGAGACCCAUCUAAAAUUCGAGAGAACCAAGCCAAACGGUUUAAAGAUGUGACUUUAGUUGAUAAAGUCGUUGAACAUGACAAACUCUGGAGAAAAGCAAGAUUCUUGGCUGAUUUGCUCAAUCAGAAGAAAAAUAUGUGCAGUAAAGUUAUAGGAGAAAAAAUGAAGAACAAAGAACCACAAGGAGAUAAUGAAUCAUUACCUGACGGCUUUGCAGACACAAUAGAAAAUCUGACAGCUGACCAAGUAAAGACAUACACAGUAGUACAAAUUAAACAGAUCAGAAUCAUGAUUGAUGACCUUAUGAAGAAAAAUGAUGAAACAGUGAUCGUCCAUGAAAAAGAGAGAAAUGAAUCAAUGAGAGAAAUAGGAAAUCAUCUUCAUGAAUCCUGUAUUAUAAGCAAUGAUGAGGAUGAGAAUGGGAUUGACAGAAUGGUUGGAGAUUGCACCACAAAAAAGAAAUAUUCUCAUGUAGAUUUGGUUGUUAUGGUAGAUGGCCAUGAGGGAGAUAGAGGAGCAGUUACAGCUGGAGGUAGAGGAUACUAUUUGAAGGGAGCCUUAGUUUUUUUGGAACAGGCACUUAUUAAUUUAUCUAUGAAGAUGUUACAUAAAAAAGGAUAUGUACCUCUUUAUACGCCAUUCUUCAUGAGGAAGGAAGUGAUGCAGGAAGUUGCACAGCUAGCUCAGUUUGAUGAUGAAUUAUAUAAGGUUGUUGGGAAAGGAAGUGAAAAGCAAGAUGAAUCUACAAUUGAUGAAAAAUACUUAAUAGCAACAUCUGAACAACCAAUUGCAGCUUAUCAUCGAGAUGAAUGGAUUCCCACCGAAAGUCUUCCCAUCAAAUACUUAGGCUACUCGACAUGUUUUAGACAGGAAGUAGGAUCUCAUGGAAGAGAUACCAGAGGAAUAUUUAGAGUACAUCAGUUUGAGAAGGUAGAACAGUUUGUACUUACUUCACCACAUGAUAACAAAUCAUGGGCGAUGUUUGAGGAGAUGAUCGGCAAUGCUGAAGAAUUUAAUAAAGUGCUAGGAAUACCUUACAGAAUUGUUAAUAUUGUCUCCGGUGCAUUAAAUCAUGCAGCAUCAAAAAAGUUAGAUCUUGAAGCCUGGUUUCCUGGUUCUGGUGCCUUCAGGGAACUUGUCUCGUGCUCAAAUUGUUUAGAUUAUCAGGCUAGGAGGUUAAAGGUCAGAUAUGGACAAGUGAAGAAAAUGAAUCAAGAGGCUGAGUAUGUACACAUGUUGAAUGCCACGAUGUGUGCCACCACUAGAGUUAUAUGUGCAAUUUUAGAAAAUAACCAAACUGAAGAUGGAGUGAUAGUACCUGAAGUCCUUAGAGAUUUUAUGCCUGAUGGAUUUAAAGAAAAGAUUCCAUUUGUUAAACCUGCACCAAUUGAUCAAGAGGAGACAAAGAAACAGAAAAAAACUAAAGAAGGGGGAAAGAAAAAGGAGAAAAAGAAAGAAGUGACAGACGGAGUGCAAGAAAUGACACUGGACAAUUAAAUAAUGAUAUUUGAUAUUUAUUUAUUAUUAACUAAAUCUGUGCACGGUCACUGUGAUAGUUCUUAGCUUCAGUAAACUUGAUUUGGUGAUGGAAAUCAUACAAAAGAUCAAAUACUCUCACAGUUUUUUUUUUACAGUCCAGUGAUCUUCCCUGUUAAAAGUACUUUUUAACAGCAGUAGACAUCUGAGUAUUUUAUUUAGAUAUUGCAUACAGCUAAGGAUAUGUUAAUCUUUUAUGAUGGGAUACAUUUACUGUAAAUUCAGAAAUUAUUUCAUGUAUUAGUUAUUAUUAUUGCAGUUGCUGAACAAUGAACAACACUGUGAGAUUGAUAAUUGGGAUUUCAACAAAUGCAUACAAAUCAUGGAAUCAAAAUUGCUUUAAAAAAUGCAAGUUUUUAUUUUUUGCAACUUGUCAAAAUUUUCCCAAUAAUAAAAACAUUGCAACAAGA